UAAUGCACGUGUAAGCAGAACAUGCAGCACUGCGUACCUCCCAAUGUAAUGUCGAAGAAGACGAUGGGGUUCGGCUCGUCGGCGGCGGACAUGGCUGGAGAGCAGGUUGGGGCAGUGCAAGCAAAUGCAAAUGAUAUGAUAUGCAGCUUGUCAGACGUGGAUGACGUUGGCUAUCUAUCCUAUUGACCGGAUCGAUGUGUCGAGGGACCACAACACGCAGCGAACGGUAGACAGAGUUUCUCUUGCCUUGCAGGUCAGGUGGUGCGUUUUGUGGACUCGAGGGGUCUGGGGUGGUGCAGGAAGCAGGGCAGUGGGCAGGACAAGACUGGGGGCACAAAUGCUUCACUGCCAACACCCGGCUUGGCGCUGGAGCAUCUUUGUCACUUGCAUGGUGCAGAAAAGACUGAAGAGAAUGGUGGUUGUUGUUGUUCUUCUUGUUGUUGUUACCAGUUGGGACUGGACAAAGGACGCAGUUGUAGAGGAGUAUUGUUGGACUGUAAGGUUAGCUCCAUUACUGUGUAUUCACGACCUGAGGGAUUAUUACGGCGUCUGAUUGUCUGCACCGUUUUCGGCGUUUACGGUCUACCAGCCGGUGACGGAGGCCCACGUUUGCCGCUGCGCUGUCGCGGGUAGAUAUCCUUCCUUACCAUGGUGGCUUUUUCUGU